AUGGCUAACAUCACGAAGAAAGUGUCGUGGUCGAGCCGAGCUGACGAAUCCGGUACCGCUGGCGAAGCGACGCCGCUUCUAAACGGCUCCGAGAAACGUCAACACUCCAGAGAGCCACCUGGAGGAGGCACUGUAUUUCAAAUCGGAAGACUCAGCAAUGUGGAUUUGGAAGAGGAGGUUACGUCCGAUGAGGAGACUCAUCGGGGACGUCCCAAAGAAAUCCCCCAUAAUGAGAAGCUGCUGUCACUCAAAUACGAGAGUCUUGACUACGAUAACAUCGAGAACCAGCUGUUUCUGGAAGAGGAGAGGCGUAUGAGUUACCUGGGUUUUCGCUGUUUGGAAAUCAGUCGCUGGGUGGUCUGCGGUCUGAUCGGCUUUCUGACCGGUCUCAUUGCCUGUUUUAUUGACAUUGUGGUGGAGCAGCUGGCUGGAAUCAAAUACCAAGUUGUUAAAGAAAAUAUAGAGAGGUUUACAGAAGUUGGCGGACUGUCUCUCUCGCUCAUUCUUUGGGCUGUCUUGAACUCUGCUUUUGUUAUGAUGGGAGCAAUCAUAGUUGCCUUUUUUGAGCCUAUAGCAGCAGGGAGUGGUAUUCCACAAAUAAAAUGCUACUUGAAUGGCGUCAAGGUUCCGAGAGUGGUUCGACUCAAGACUCUGGUGGUGAAAGUGUGUGGUGUUAUUUGCUCAGUAGUGGGUGGACUUGCUGUUGGAAAGGAAGGUCCUAUGAUCCACUCCGGUGCCGUUGUAGCUGCAGGAGUCUCCCAGGGCAGGAGCACUUCUUUGAAAAGAGACUUUAAGAUCUUUGAAUACUUCAGAAGAGACACAGAGAAAAGAGACUUUGUUUCUGCUGGAGCUGCUGCGGGGGUCUCGGCUGCUUUUGGAGCACCAGUUGGUGGUGUUCUUUUCUCUCUUGAAGAGGGAGCUUCUUUCUGGAACCAGAUGCUCACAUGGAGGAUAUUCUUUGCGUCAAUGAUCUCCACGUUCACCCUGAACUUCUUCCUCAGUAUCUACCACAACAACCCAGGUGACCUUUCAAACCCUGGUCUCAUCAACUUUGGACGAUUUGAGAAUGAUAGUGUGGCCUAUUACCUCUAUGAAAUUCCCUUGUUCAUUGCCAUGGGUGCUAUAGGUGGACUUCUAGGAGCUCUGUUCAAUGUUCUCAACUACUGGCUGACCAUCUUCAGAAUAAGGUAUGUCCAUCGUCCUUGUUUGCAAGUGAUGGAAGCUAUGUUGGUCGCCGCGGUGACUGCAACAGUGUCAUUCACCAUGAUUUACUUCUCCAACGACUGUCAGCCUCUCGACCCUGAACACUCAGAGGAGUACCCCUUGCAGCUAUUCUGUGCAGAUGGGGAGUACAACUCCAUGGCAACAGCCUUCUUCAAUACUCCAGAGAGAAGUGUCCGUAGCCUUUUCCACAACCAGCCAGGAUCUUACAAUCCUCUGACGCUGGGCUUAUUCACGCUCACGUACUUCUUUCUGGCCUGUUGGACGUACGGCCUCACCGUGUCCGCUGGGGUCUUCAUUCCAUCGCUGCUAAUUGGUGCAGCCUGGGGAAGACUAUGCGGAAUUCUGCUGUCUGCCAUCUCUGCCACCGGAUCGAUCUGGGCAGAUCCUGGUAAAUAUGCCUUGAUCGGAGCUGCAGCACAGUUAGGUGGCAUUGUGAGAAUGACUCUCAGUUUGACUGUCAUUAUGGUGGAGGCCACGGGAAAUGUCACAUACGGCCUUCCAAUCAUGCUUGUCUUGAUGACGGCCAAGAUCGUUGGAGACUACUUUGUUGAGGGUCUGUAUGACAUCCAUAUUAAACUGCAGAGCAUCCCCUUCCUACAUUGGGAGGCUCCUGCAACUUCACACUGGCUAACAGCUAGAGAAGUGAUGAGCAGUCCUGUCACCUGUUUGAACAAGGUAGAGAAGGUAGGAACCAUCGUUGACAUCCUGAGCAGCACAUCAACCAAUCACAAUGGUUUUCCUGUAGUGGUGGUGCAAGGUGAUUCUGGUGAAGAGCCAGCAAAACUCUGCGGACUCAUCCUUCGCUCACAGCUCAUCGUUCUCCUUAAGCACAAGGUGUUUGUGGAGCUGGCCCGGUCGCGGCUGACCCAGAGGAAGCUCCAGCUGAAGGACUUCAGGGACGCCUACCCGCGCUUCCCCCCGAUCCAGAGCAUCCACGUCUCUCAAGAUGAGCGAGAGUGCAUGAUGGACCUCUCUGAGUUCAUGAACCCGACACCUUACACUGUUCCACAGGAUACGUCUCUUCCUCGUGUGUUUAAACUGGUCAGAGCACUUGGUCUCAGGCACCUGGUUGUGGUGGAUGAUGAGAACAGGGUGGUUGGACUGGUAACCAGAAAAGACUUGGCCAGAUAUCACCUGGGUAAACACGGACUGGAGGAACUUCAGCUGGCUCAGACAUAG